AAAGGUGCUUUGUGGGUCAGCUCUGGAGCUAUGACAGGAUAUACAUGAUGUGAAGGCCUUCAGGGUCCCUGUGAGGUCUCUGGGCAUCAAUGGUGCUUGUGGAAGGGGUGAUAUGAAGCUUGCCUGUCUCGCCUUUAUUUACCCAGCAGGUUUGAUGGUGGUGUUCAUGGAUGUGCUUUGGGGCUGGGUUGAUUGGCUUUUAGGGGGGCUGUGCUGUGCAUGUUACUAGGCGCUGCUGGAGUGUAACUGGGUGGUCACAGUUCCCUGGGCCCAGCCCCUUGCCCUUUAAGGAGGUCACUGGUUUAUGGGGUACGGUGUCUCACUUGCUUCACAUCCUGAUGAUGGGGGGCACUGGGCUCAUUCGAUUUCCCCAAUCCCCUGGCAAAGCCAUGCAGCUGUGCACAACCCCCAUGACAGUGUCUGUGUUCCUUUUGCCUUUCAGGGGACCUUGGGCAACCAGGGAGAAAGCAAGGAUUCAUUUUUGAGGGGGGGUGAAUGGCUGAGGAGGGAGUGCUGGAUGGACUCGGUAUCAUCCCACAGACCACGCCCUGCCCUGCUGGGGGGGAAUUGUUGGUGCCUUCCUCCCUGCCCUCUAUGAGCUAGCAGCUCCCUGCUCCCUCCUCCCUUCCUCCUUCACUGGGGAGAUGCUUUUUGACUGUGUUUGAGGAAGUUUCAGCACUUCUUAGACCCUGUUGCUGAGAUCAAAGGGCUCAGCCCUUGUACAGCUGGUAAUGGGUGCGUGUGGCAGUAGGGGGUGGGUAUAGCCUUGUAUGCAGUGUCCUGUUAGAGCGAGGGGUUUUGGGAGAGGUGACUAAGAAACCGCAUGAUCUAUCUGGCUUUUUAUUGCUCAUGGCUUUUUAUUGCUCGUGGCUUUUUCUGCUGGGGUGUGUCCAUGUUGUUCUGUCUGCAGCCCAACCAGAGUGUGGAGGCUGGGGCAGGCAGUGGCCAGGCUAGGCACUGCCAGGGGCAGUUGCCAGUCAGCCCAUGUUGAGCUGAGCUUCUGUGGCUUCCUAUCGCCUUUAAGGGAACAUGACUAUUAGAUCUCUCCCUUUGGUUAAAAGCCUGGCAUGGCCUGGGCACGCUCCAGAUCCAGCCAGUUGUGUGGCAGUGGAGAGAGCUCUCUGCACAUAACGGGGCUGUGAAACGCAGCUCCUUGCUUUUCCCCUGUAGCAGAUAUUGAGUUCCCCAGCUCCACAGAUCUUUGCCUAGCAGGCAGACAGAGCUUUCUGCCCAGAGGCUGAGGCUGCUGCUGCCUUCCAUAGUAUCUGCCACCAGUAUGGGAGUGGGAGAAGGUGAAAAAGAUGCCCUCUGCAACCACAAGUCUGCUUUCCUGGCCUCUUCUGGCCAGCUGACAACACAAUGGACUCCAGGGCAGGAAACCAGGGUGGCUGAGCUGGGUCUUAGUCUAAUAUAGCACUGAUGGGUCUUCCCUGGGGCAGUGAUCAGAGGGGAUUCAGUCUGCUUCUAGUCUGGGUCUGGUAUCUUUCCCUCCAGGAGACCUUGGUCUCAGCUGUGAGGCCUCCCAUCUCCUCAUCACAGGCGUGGAUGAAGAAGCCUUUACCAUCUUCUGCAUCAUGGAAUUUCCCUCGGUUGUAACUUGCUGGAGCCAAAGGAACUGUAGAAAAGAGAUCCCCAGCCCUAUUGUAUAGCAGUAACUGUCUGGUCCUAGACACCUCUUAGUUUACAGUUUAAUUUAAUUUUUUAGCAUUAUUUAUUACAGUAUUUUUGCAUACCUCAUAUUCCGUUUACGUGUCCGAGUCUAUUUCCCUUUUAAUUGGAAACCACCGGUGUCAUCAGCAUGGAGUUCACCACUGAAUCUACCACGGCUCUCCUGACAUCAGUAAUUCAUGCAACCAGCACGGAGACCUCUGCCCCCUUGGUAGCCUUCCUCUGGUUGCUGAUUCUGGGCUUCAUCAUUGCCUUUGUCCUGGCCUUCUCGGUGGGUGCCAACGAUGUGGCCAACUCCUUUGGCACGGCCGUGGGCUCAGGUGUGGUGACGCUGCGGCAGGCUUGCAUCCUGGCUAGCAUCUUUGAGACUGUGGGCUCUGUGCUGCUGGGUGCCAAGGUGAGUGAGACCAUCCGGAAGGGGCUGAUUGACGUGGAGAUGUACAACACGACCCAGGAGCUGCUCAUGGCUGGUUCCAUCAGCGCCAUGUUCGGCUCAGCUGUGUGGCAGUUACUGGCUUCGUUCUUGAAGCUUCCCAUUUCCGGUACGCAUUGCAUUGUUGGAGCAACCAUCGGCUUUUCCCUAGUGGCCAAAGGGCAGGAAGGUGUCAAGUGGUCCGAGCUACUUAAAAUCGUGUUAUCCUGGUUCAUCUCACCCCUCCUGUCUGGAAUCAUGUCAGCUGCCCUGUUCUUUCUCGUCCGCACAUUCAUCCUUCGCAAGACAGAUCCAGUUCCCAAUGGCUUGCGUGCUCUUCCUGUCUUCUAUGCCUGCACUAUUGGCAUCAAUCUCUUCUCCAUCAUGUACACAGGGGCACCUCUGCUGGGCUUUGACAAACUUCCUCUCUGGGGUAUCAUCCUAAUUUCGGCGGGGAGUGCUGUUGUCUGUGCUCUCGUCGUCUGGUUCUUUGUAUGUCCGCGAAUGAAGAAGAAAAUUGACCGUGAGAUCAAAUCGAGCCCCUCGGAGAGCCCGCUGAUGGAUAAGAAGGACAGCUUGAAGGAAGACCCUGGGGAAGCCAAGGUGACCUUGGGUGAAGCCAAGAGGCCCCUGGACUUUGCCUCAGUUGUGGAGGAGAGGACGGUCUCUUUCAAUCUCGGUGACGCAGAUGAAGUGCCAGAGCGCGAGAGGCCGGACCUGAAGGAAACCAAUGUCGAUAGUGGCACCGUGCAGCUACCCAGCGGUAACACGGUCCAGUUCAACCCAGUGGUCAGCAACCAAGUGAGCUGGAGUGGGCACUACCAGUACCACACGGUGCACAAGGACUCAGGGCUUUACAAGGAGCUGCUCCACAAGCUGCACCUGGCCAAGGUGGGCGACUGCAUGGGCGACUCUGGGGACAAGCCGCUGCGACGCAACAACAGCUACACGUCCUACACCAUGGCCAUCUGCGGUAUGCCUCUGGAUGCCUUCCGUCCCAAGGAGGCCGAGCCUAGGGGUGAGGAGCUGGAGAAGCUGACAUGGCCAGGUGGCGAGGCCAAGAAGCGGGCGCGCAUGGACAGCUACACCAGCUACUGCAAUGCUGUGGCUGACACCCACCCUGCUGCUGAUGUGGAGGCUGCUGCGGAGCUGGGCCUUAACGACCACCAGGGCAGCCAUGGCUCCUUGGAGGAGUGGCAAGACCAGGACAAGCCUGAGGUCUCCCUCCUCUUCCAGUUCCUGCAGAUUCUUACCGCCUGCUUUGGCUCCUUUGCGCAUGGGGGCAAUGAUGUCAGCAAUGCGAUUGGUCCCCUGGUGGCCCUGUACCUCGUUUACCAAACAGGCGAUGUGGCCUCCAAAGCGGCCACCCCCAUCUGGCUGCUGCUUUAUGGAGGCGCUGGCAUAUGCAUUGGCCUCUGGGUCUGGGGCAGGAGGGUCAUCCAGACCAUGGGCAAGGACCUGACGCCCAUCACGCCCUCAAGUGGCUUCAGCAUCGAGCUAGCUUCUGCCCUGACAGUGGUGAUUGCUUCCAACAUUGGCCUCCCCAUCAGUACCACACACUGCAAAGUGGGCUCCGUGGUGUCUGUGGGCUGGCUGCGCUCCCGCAAGUCAGUAGACUGGCGUCUCUUCCGCAACAUCUUCAUGGCCUGGUUUGUCACUGUGCCCAUCUCAGGCCUCAUUAGCGCGGCCAUCAUGGCCCUCUUCAAGUACCCCAUCCUGGGAGUCUGAGACACAUCAGAGGCAUGAGCUGCUUUGUCACCCCUGCUUUGUUGGGGUGAUGCUGGGCUGGGGGGCCCCUAUCCAUGCUGUAACCCCUUUAUGCUAAUGUGCCCCCCCUUAGCUGUAACAUAGGCAGGGCCUGACUUUCCCCUCCGUACCGCGUGUUCCCAUCUGUGUCAUACUUCUCCCUGCCCCAGUCCCUGAUGUCAUCCUUGCUUGUUAAUUUUUAAUUGUCCCCUCCCCCCCAACCCCCCCUAAACCAGGAGGAGUGGGAGGGAGGGAGGUUGUCUCAGUGCCAUCUGUAGCUCUAGCCAAGCCAGAACAAGGGGUCUGUAGAUCCCAGGGGACACUUUUUUUUUUUUUUUUUUCUUUCAAUAAAUCUUUUUUAGCCUUUACCUGUUGGAGCAGGUAUCAGUCCUAGCCUCCAUCCCUUCCCCCUUCACAUGCAUCUCCAAGCCAGCUUCUCCCUGCGACCCCCCUCACCAGCUCUGCAGAGGCCAGGCUCAUGCCCCGGUCCUGAGGGACUAUUUCUGACUUCUACAGGUUCUGGUGCCCCCUGAUCUAGGCUUGGGGGUCUAGAGAGCAUGUGGCACCCCCCCAUCUUGGUUGGGGGAGGGGGGGGCAGUGUUUAACAGGCACCUGGUGCCCCCCUGAUCUCAGCCUGGGGGGGUCUGGCCACAACCUGGUGCCCCCAAUGUCAUCAGGGGUGUGUGUCCCAUUGCUGCUGCCCAUGUCAGAAGCCAUGUGACUGUCCCUGUUCCAUCACAUGUGUGCCAGGACCCCGGCCUGUGCCCACACACUACAGCUGCCCUCCUCACCAUUGCUACCUCUAACUCAAUAAAGACAGCAUCAUUUUUAUAUAAGA